CCGCCGAGCGGCCCGAGGCAGCCGGAGGCGGGACGGUUACCACCGGCAGCCCGCGGCGAGACCGGCGCCGGAGAGGAGGCGCGCCCGAGCGCCAUGAUCCCGCAGGAGACGCCGGGCGGCGGCGACUUCCUGCCGACGGUCGUCGCGGGCUCGGGACCGACCCGCAGGGGUCCGGGCGCGUCGCGCGGGCCGCCCUCGCCGCAGGCCCGCGGACUCCUGACCGCGAUCCGCGCCGCGGUGCGCACCGAGCCCUUCCGGGACGGCUACAGCCUGAGCCCCGGCCGGGAGCUGGGCAGGGGAAAAUUUGCAGUAGUGAGGAAAUGUAUAAAGAAAGAUUCUGGAAAAGAAUUUGCAGCAAAGUUCAUGAGAAAAAGAAGAAAAGGCCAAGAUUGCCGGAUGGAAAUAAUUCAUGAGAUUGCUGUACUUGAACUAGCAGAGGACAAUCCUUGGGUCAUUAAUUUACAUGAAGUCUAUGAAACUCCAUCAGAAAUCAUCCUAGUUCUGGAAUAUGCGGCUGGUGGUGAAGUCUUUGACCAGUGUGUUGCAGACAGAGAAGAAGGCUUUAAAGAAAAAGAUGUUCAAAGACUCCUGAGGCAGAUUUUAGAAGGUGUUUAUUUUUUACACACUCAUGAUGUAGUUCAUCUUGACUUAAAGCCUCAGAAUAUUCUGCUGACAAGUGACUCUCCGCUGGGUGACGUCAAGAUAGUUGAUUUUGGUCUUUCAAGAAUAAUGAAGAACAAUGAAGAACUCCGAGAAAUUAUGGGUACUCCUGAAUAUGUGGCUCCUGAAAUUCUUAGUUAUGAUCCUAUCAGCAUGGCAACAGAUAUGUGGAGCAUUGGAGUGUUAACAUAUGUCAUGCUGACAGGAAUAUCGCCUUUCUUAGGCAAUAAUAAACAAGAAACCUUCUUAAACAUCUCACAGAUGAAUUUAAGUUACUCUGAGGAAGAAUUUGAUGUUGUGUCUGAGUCAGCUAUUGACUUCAUCAAGAGACUUUUAGUUCAGAAACCUGAAGAUCGAGCCACAGCUGAAGAAUGUCUAAAACAUCCAUGGUUGACACAGAGCAAUAUUCAAGAUCCUUCUUUCAAGGUGAAAGUGGCAUUAGAAGAAACAAAUGCCCUCCAAGAAGGUGAUUCAGUGUCUAAAACUAAUUCAGAUACCCGGAAAACAGAAACCGAGGAAUCAAUUGUAACAGAGGAGUUAAUUGUUGUUACUUCAUAUACUUUAGGACAGUGCAGACAAUCUGAAAAGGAGAAAAUGGAGCAAAAGGCCAUUUCCAAACGAUUUAAAUUUGAGGAACCUUUGCUACAAGAAAUUCCAGGAGAAUUUAUCUACUGAAUAGUAACUCCCUUUGGAACUUUCAGAUAUCUACAUUAAAAACAUUAUUUAUGAACUUCUAGUCAAAUGGUACAUGUACUGAAAGUGGUUAACUAAGUAUCACUUAUAUAAGCUAAAAUAACCUUGUCUAACUUGUGGUCAGUCAAGUCAGAUUAUAAAAUUGCUAGCCAGGAAGUUUAACAGCUGUAAAGGCUUCUGUUUCAUGUUAUUGUUAAGAAAGGAGAUGUUUGCACCUUUUUUCCCUACAUCCUUAUUCUCCAGAAUGAGAAUUUGUAUGCAAAUUAAAAAUUGAAGUGAAAGUGCCAAACUUACUUUUUUGUUCAUCUGUUUUGCAUCUUUGGUAUUUGUAUCUAUAUCCGCAUAUAUACGUUGGCAUCUUAAUUAAAAUAGAUGUUUUUACUUUGGACUUUCUGGGAGAGUAGAAUUUUAAUUUACAUAGAUAUCUUCCAAAUUUUUGAGACUUAGAAUAAUGUCCACUAUAGUUUAAUAAUGUAUUAUUUUUAUAUUACUGCUUUAUAUUGAAUUGGUUUGCCUUCUGUUGUCUCUGUCCAAUGCUUAUAACCUAUCAGUGAAAAACCCUGGCUAAUUUUUUGGUUCUUUGGCAUCACUAAUAAGAGUAAUGGUGGUUUCUCACCUCUGAAAUUAUUCUGAUUUUCAAAGUUAAGGUUAAGUAAUCUCAUAUUAAACCAGUGACAGUUCCUCAGGCUAUUCCCUCAUCACACCUCACUGGUCUUACUCUUUCACAUGCCUACCACUUAAUUUUAGUCAUUUACUAGUGUCAUUGUGACCUGAUCAACAUGAUCAUUUUGGUCAGUGAAAAGACGCUAUUGUAUUUGUUAAUAAAAUACUCCGGAGCAAGGAAGAGUUGUGAAGUGUAUUCAUGGUGGGACCGAGCCUCUACCUCUGUUGAAUUUCUUACUAGCCCUCCUGCAAUGCUAUAAAA